AUGGCCGCAGCUUCGCCUACUCCUCUAUCGUCCUACAGCAACGGCGGCCGCAUGUCCCGCCAGCCCUCGAUGCACAGCUCCCUGCAACACAGGCGCGAGUCGCCCAUCUCUAUCCUAGGCCACUCUCACGGAUUUAGCGCCAACGCUCCCAUGAUGCAGCGUAUCGACAUUGGCGACAGCUCCGAAGAUGAGAUCGAGCAGCCCAUGAAGCUGAACCCCUACACGCGUGCGCUCCUCGGCCAGGACGCACCCAGCUCUCCAAUCAGGCAACAAGGCGCUCCUAAGCUACGCAUCGCGAGGAAUUCUCUCGGCCACACCGAGGAUACUCCAAUGCAAGACACCAUCACCCCUGCGCCGUCGCUGCGCAUCAAGAGGGUGCCUCUAAGGGGCGCGCCCAUGCGCAGGCUUAGGCGUACGCCUCAGAGCGAGGAUGAGCAGCAACAGCCGCAGUCCUCCCUGGAUGCAUCUCAUGUGCCCAGUCCUCAGGCGAGCGGAAGCCCGCAGGCACCCAGUUCUGGCAGCCCAAGAGUUGUCCGCAUAACCAGCCCGUCCAACGACCAAGAGAAUCUCGCUGCUUCUUCCAUGAAAGCCGAGUCGGCUAUGAGGGUUAACAGCAGCAGUGCAAAGGUUGACUCGGUAAUGAAAGACUCUUUCAUGAGGGACUCGGUGAUGAAGGCGGAGCCGGCCGUCAGACCAUCCUCAAAAGGCGAACACAAGCCCGUUCCAUUGGCUUCAGUGAGCGUAAAUACUCCACUUCGUCCUGCUCCACCACCUCCUCCAAGGAUGUCGGUGUUGGAAACCGCCACAUCUGCAGCCGGCGCAUCCACUGUGAAGCAGAAGAAGCGGAGGAGGGCGUUCAUGGUCAACGGCAAGCCUUACCAAGAGAUAGGCAGAAUUGGAAAGGGCGGUAGCUCUGAUGUCUAUCGAGUGAUGGCCGAAAAUGGCAAGCUCUUUGCCUUGAAAAGGGUGAAGCUCGAGGAUGCGGACGAGAACGCAGUGCGGGGAUACAAGGGUGAAAUUGAGCUCUUGCGAAAACUCGAAGGUGUGGAGAGGGUUGUUCGGUUAUUUGACUGGGAGGUGGACGAGGAAAGACAGAUUCUCAGUGUGCUCAUGGACAUUGGCGAAUCUGACCUUGCUCGCAUUUUGCGCAUGAAAAUCGAUCCUGAAGACGCUAGCCUGGAUCUUUCUUUCACGCGUUACUAUUGGAAGGAGAUGCUUGAGUGUGUUGCAUCCGUCCACGAGUACGACAUCGUCCAUUCGGAUUUGAAGCCCGCAAAUUUCCUUUUGAUCCAAGGACGUCUCAAGCUCAUCGAUUUUGGCAUUGCCAACGCCAUCGAUAUUGACAACACCGUAAACGUUCACCGAGAUUCCCACGUUGGCACACCGAACUACAUGUCUCCCGAGUCCCUGCAAGACGCAAACGCGUCGGCCCGCCAUGGACCCAACGGCGACUCGUCGCUCGGUCGUUGUAUGAAGCUGGGUAAGCCCAGCGAUGUUUGGAGUUUGGGGUGCAUUUUGUACCAGAUGGUGUACGGCAGGCCACCGUUUGCGCACAUCUCCAACCAAAUUCACCGUGUCAUGGCCAUCGUCAACCCCAAUGUCACCAUCGAGUUUCCCUCUCAUGGUCUUGGCAAUGUACGCAUUCCCACCGGCCUCAAGAAGACGCUGAAGCGCUGCCUCCAGCGCGAUCCAGCACGGCGACCCUCCAUUCCUGAGAUGCUUAGCGAGAGGGACGAGUUCCUGUGUCCUGACGCUGGCGAAGACCUCAGAAUCCCCGAGGCACUCCUGGGCCAGAUCAUUCAGAGGGUUGCCGACCGCUUCAGGGAUCAGAGCAAGCCGAUGCCGACGGAAGAGGAGAUAAGACAAUAUCCCGGAAGUUUCUACGCGAAGAUUCGGGAUCUGCUUGAGGAAGUGUAA